AUGGCACUAAAAGGCACUAAGAUAGGUCUAGUCAUGAUCCUAGUGGUCAAGUUAUUAUGGGAUGAGACCAUGGCUCAAUCUGGCUGCACCACUGCACUUAUUGGCUUAGCCCCGUGCCUAAGUUAUGUGUCAGGAAACUCAUCGACUCCAACUUCGUCUUGUUGCACACAACUUUCUAAUGUUGUACAAAGUCAACCACAAUGCUUGUGUUCGAUAGUAAAUGGUGGUGGGUCUAGUUUUGGUUUAACAAUAAACCAAACCGCGGCUUUAGCACUUCCUAGUGCUUGUAAUGUACAAACUCCCCCAGUUAGCCGAUGCAAUGGUGUUGCUAAUGGGCCAACAUCUUCAAUCGCUGACUCUCCAGCAAGUGCUCCGGCAAGUACUCCAACAAGCAAU